AGGCCGAGGCGGGCACGGCCUACCGCCGCCUGGGCCCGCCUCCUGGCCCUGCCUUGCUGGCUGCCUCCCUCCCCGUUACCCCGCUCGCGGCUGCUUCUCGUGUGGGCCGGCCGGCGGGUCUCCGCGAUGGCAGUGGCGGCGGCGACGGCGUGGCGAGCGCUGCGGCGGGUGGGCCUAAGCGGGCCGCCGCGCGCCCUUCUCGCCGGCUCGCCCUGCGCUUGGCCCGGCUGCGAGGCGGCGGCGGCGGCGGCGGCCCCGGCCAGGAGGGGCCUCGGCACCAGUCCCGCGCUGCUGCUCGCCGCUCGCAGAUUCACAGACAAGCAUGAAUGGAUAGCCGUUGAGAAUGGUGUUGGGACAGUAGGAAUCAGCAAUUUUGCACAGGAAGCAUUGGGAGAUGUUGUCUAUUGUGGUCUUCCAGAAAUCGGAACAAAGUUGAAUAAACAGGAUGAGUUUGGUGCAUUGGAAAGCGUGAAGGCUGCUAGUGAACUUUAUUCCCCUCUCACAGGAGAAGUAACAGAAAUUAACACCGCCCUUGCGGAUAAUCCGGGACUUGUCAACAAAUCUUGUUAUCAGGAUGGUUGGCUUAUCAAGAUGACUGUGGACAACCCUUCAGAACUUGACGAACUAAUGAGUGAAGAGGCAUAUGAGAAGUACAUAAAAUCAAUGGAGGACUGACCUGAGUGUUAAAACAAGCCAAUGUGAGCCACUUGCUUCAGUUUAGAUUGUCCUAAAUUAGCAGUGUACAGAAGGUCCGGCUGUGAGCAGCUGAUGGAGGAGAUUCUCACGGAAAAUGUGCUGCCUUUGAAUCAAGUUUGUGCUGAUUUCUGAACUGUCCAGAAGCAACUGCAAAUUGGAACAGUUUUGCGCACCUUCUGCUAGUCGAUGUGGUUUGUUUUGUGUGUCUGACUUUUUCUAGCGUAAUGAGCAUAAUUAUAUGGUGUCAAAGUUUGAAAUUAAUUGCAGCUGCAAUAGAAUAAUCUUUGUUCCUAAAAUAAAACCAAACUUUGAUAAGAGUAGAAUUGUAACAUGCAGCUGCCUUAAUUCAGAACUGUUUCUGCUUGGAUCUGCGGUUCUCCUUCUCCACCAAUCUGCAUCCGUCUCCUUUCGGCCAGGCCCUAUCACGCGGAAGCUUUGCAAAGGCUCCAGGUGAUUAGAGUAGAACCGCUCUCCAUGUUUUCAGUUGAAACUGUUGAGAUGAGGCCACUUUUCUCAGAUAAGGCAUGUAGUGCCUUGCCCCGCAACAGAUAACAGAAGUUAAUAAAAAAUCCUGACUUUA